AAGCCAAGGGGUUAAAACGUUCUCCCAUCGCACAGGCGGGGCCACAGAGCCGAGACACGAACCGGACAAACCAUCAGUCAACAGAGAAACCUGAGAUAAGAAAGUCGCUGUGGUUGAAAGUGUACGUGUUUUCUGUCCUAACUUCUCUCUCUCUGUUUUUUUUUCUCUCUUCUUCUUCUUCUGCCUUUGCUUGAUUGGAUUUAACGCUCGAAGCUCCAUGGAGCCCAAACUGUGGAACAGCUGCUGUCGCUGUGGGAAUGUCAGCAGCAGAGGCUGAAGCUGUGGAGACUUGGACGGCUGCAGACAGGGUCCUGUGUCCGCUGAAGAAGUCUCCGUAACCCGGUGGUGCACAGAAGACGUUUUGUGCACUGAAGCGCACGGAUCCUCGAUCGUGAGCCGGGAUUAGUAGGAGCUUUGGCGGUAUUUACCGAGGUGGUUCAAACCGCGCCGCUCUGCGGACCAGACGCCGUCAGUGACACCAUGUGGAUUCCGAGGUGGUGGAUGUGCAGAGCCGCUCUGUGCUGCGUGAUCCUGGAGACUUUAACGCACACAGUUGUAGGACUUAACAUGUGCAUGAGUGGCAGCGCUACUUCCUGUGAAGAAUGUCUCCUUAUUCAUCCAAGCUGCGCCUGGUGCGCACAACAGGAUUUUGGGAAAGGCCGGACUCUGACAUUUCGGUGUGAUUUCAGUCAGAACCUGCAGAAGAGAGGCUGCUUAACUCAGCACAUAGAAUACCCCACCAGCAGCGUCUCAGUUCUGCAAAAUAACCCACUGAGUUCCAAAGGUUCUGGGUCGACUCUGUACAAUGUCGUUCAGAUGGCGCCUCAGCAGAUUUCCCUCAGUUUGCGACCAGGAGACCAGACCUGGUUCGGCCUGCAGGUGCGGCAGGUCGAGGAUUACCCAGUGGAUCUCUACUACCUGAUGGACCUCUCCCUUUCCAUGAAAGAUGAUCUGGACACCAUCCGUAACCUGGGCACCAAACUGGCAGAGGAGAUGGGAAAACUCACCAGCAACUUCAGACUCGGCUUUGGCUCCUUUGUGGACAAAAAUAUAUCCCCGUUUUCCUACACGUCACCGAAGUACCAGGAGAAUCCAUGCAAAGGAUACAAACCGUUUCCCAGCUGCGCCCCAAGUUUUGGUUUCCGCAACAUCCUGUCGCUGACCGACGAAGUGGACCGAUUCAACCAGGAGGUGCAGAAGCAGAUCGUAUCGCGCAACCGCGAUGCACCCGAGGGUGGAUUUGACGCUAUCCUGCAGGCCGCUGUUUGUAAGAAUGAAAUAGGCUGGAGAAAAGAAGCCUACCACCUGCUGGUGUUCGCCACAGAUGAUGUUCCUCACCUGGCUCUGGACGGCAGACUGGGAGGCCUGGUCCAGCCUCACGACGGACUGUGUCACCUCAACGACCAGAAUGAAUACAGCGCCUCCGCUCAGAUGGAUUAUCCGUCGUUGGCUCUGCUGGGAGAGAAACUGGCUGAGAAUAACAUCUUCCUCAUCUUUGCAGUCACGAAGAAUCUGUAUAUUAUUUAUAAGAAUUUCACCGCGUUGAUACCCGGGACCACGGUCGAAAUCCUGGAUCAGGACUCGAAGAACGUCAUCCAGCUGAUCGUUGCAGCCUACAAUAAUAUCCGGUCUAAAGUGGAGCUGACGGUGUGGGACCAGCCUGAGGACAUCAGUCUGUCCGUUACUGCCACCUGUCAGGAUGGACAACCUCUGCCGGGACUGAGGAAGUGUGCCGACCUGAAGAUAGGAGACACUGUUUCAUUUAACGUCAGCGUGGAUGCGAGGAGCUGCCCGACCCGCGGCGCUGACCACAGCUUCACCAUCAAACCCGUUGGCUUCAAGGACCGUCUGGAGGUGACUGUGAACUAUCAGUGCGACUGUGGCUGCAGUCGAACGGCGAAAACCAACAGCAGCAUCUGCAGCUCUAUAGGGACCUACAACUGUGGCACCUGUCACUGUGAACCGGGCUACCUGGGAGCUCACUGUGAGUGUCAGGAGGGCGAGGCCGGCAGCAUGUACCUGAGCGCCUGCAGAGAAGCUGAGGGGAAGCAGAUCUGCAGCGGCCGAGGGGAGUGCAGCUGUAACCAGUGUCUCUGCUACGAGUCCGAGUUUGGGAAGAUUUACGGCAGCUUCUGCGAGUGCGACGACUUCUCCUGCGCUCGCCACAAAGGGAUACUCUGCUCUGGUCAUGGAGAAUGUCACUGCGGUGAAUGUAAAUGUCACGCCGGUUUCAUCGGGGACAACUGUAACUGCUCCAUUGAUACGUCUACCUGCGUGGCUGAUGAUGGACAGAUGUGCAGCGGGCGCGGAAACUGUGUGUGCGGCCGCUGUCAGUGCACGGAGCCUGGAGCCUUUGGAGACACCUGUGAGAAGUGCCCCACUUGCCCCGACGCCUGUGGUACGAAAAGGGAGUGCAUCGAGUGUAGACUAUUCGACUUGGGACGACUCGCAGACAAUCAGACCUGCCAGCGUCUGUGCAAGGAUGAAAUCAUCACUGUGGAGACGUUAGAGACCAACGACCCCAGUGCUGUGUUGUGUGUGUACAAGGCAGACAACGACUGCGUCAUGAAGUUUACCUACUCUGAACAUUUCAGUGGACGUUCAAUUCUCACUGCUCUGAAGGAACCAGAUUGCGGAGGUGGACCUGACGCCCUCACCGUGCUGCCGGUUGUGGUCGGCAGCAUCCUGCUAGUGGGCCUGGUCCUGCUGGCUGUUUGGAAGCUGGUUAUCACCAUACACGACCGCAGGGAGUUCGCACAAUUCCAGAGUGCACGAUCAAGAGCACGAUACGAGAUGGCGUCCAACCCUCUGUACAAACAGCCCGUCACCACACACUCUGUGGAGACCGAUUUCGACAUGUUUGGAAAGUCCUACAACGGAGGGGUCCACUGAUCCCUCGGCUCGGGGCUCGGCAGGACCGGUCCCCCCCCCCACCAACACAAAAAUCCCUGGAGGAAGAAGGAGAGUGAGUGACUGAGCACGCUCAUCCCUCGGAACUGUGCACGACACGGGCAGGCACGGACGUGAUGUGAACUCCGGCGAGUCAGAGAGCAGAGGGGGGCGAGAGGAGGAGGAGAAGGAUGAGGAUGAAGGAAAAAGGGAAGGGAGGAGAAGUUUGUGGCCUUUUUUUCAUCUUUCCAGAGAAGGGUUAAGCCCAUAGUAAAGAAAAGGUUUGACUUUCUUCUUUCUUUUCCUCCGCUGCUCAUAAUGUUGCAGAAGCCUAGCAUGAACGACUGUAGAAAGAAAGUGAGCGGCCACGUGAGAAAGAAAAAAGAAAAACACUGUUUGUACAGAGCAGAGCAGACUUUGACUUAUAUUUGUAUAUUUUUUAUAGAAAAAAAAUCAACUGCUCUACCGGGUGGAUUUUACAGGAUUGUGAAAGAAAAGCACAUACAUCUCUGGUCUUGUGGUACUACUAACCUUUACUCAGCAAUAGAUGGCAUGAAUACAGUUUGCACAGCAGUAAAAAAAAAAAAAAAAAAGGAUUUAAAUGUAUGAUGAUUUUUUUUUUUUGUAACGUGUCGGUGUAUAUGUUUGCUUCAGUUGCACUCCUUAAUCAGACUGGGUACCAGCUCCAUCACCAGAUCCCAGAUCUUAAAGGAUCUUGAACGUAAUUUCCAUGUUGGGGUUGAGUUUAAUUUUUGUUUUGUUUUGUUUUGCAUUUACAAGAAAAAUAACUUCACGUCACGGCAACAGAUAGUCGCCAUAGUAAUAUAUAAAACACAAUAUUUCUGCCAUAUAACCUUUUCUUUCAGCAAGGGAAUGUUUUACAGCCAGCUCCCCUGCUGGCAAAGUGUGGUACUACAUCCAGAACUGCCUUUAUGAACAAGUUUCAAAACAAAACCUGUCUGUUGUUAACAAGUUAACCAAAUGAAAUCAGAGCCUAGAAAUCAACGCUUGUGUUAUCCAGAAGGGGGCACUCUUAUCUGACUAAACCUUGCCCAUCAGUAACAAAAACAGCUGCUACUGUGUUAAUAAGUAAACAAAACAAACCUCCAAAUACAACACCACAGUGUCUAGAUAGUACGAUUUCUUGUUUGACCCUAUUUUUUUUCUGACGUAGAACGGCUAGUUUUAAGGCAAAAUAGAGAACUAUUUUGUUUUAUGAUAAUUAUGCUAUUUCACAACCAGGGGCGCUGCCAGGAAUUCUGGGCCCCACGAAAGGAUAUGACAGUGGGCCCCUGUGUAUAUGUCGUUGUAAUACUCUAAUAUUUUUUGGGGCCCCUGUCAGUCAGGGGGGCUUGGAAUCAUCGUACCCCCUCACCGCUGUUUGCCACGUAUCCUUCCUUAGCGUCAAAGGUCACGACCUGCUUCCUUUAGUGAAAUCAAAGUUCUUCUUCUUAGACGUUCUUUCUUUCAGAAGUUUGGCCUUACAAAGCAUUUAUUUUUGGAGUUUUGAAGGGACAGCCUCAGCCCUCGCAUUGGAGUGGAAUGCUUUUAGCACACGUUAGCGACUAACUAACAAUCCCGCAGCACGAGAUGAGGUGGUGCGUUUGUAAGGCAGUUAGUGAUUAGGGUGUCGUGAUAAAAGAAAUGCUUGGUCAAAUGGAAUCAAAUAAAGUCUGUACUAAUGCCGGCACACUUUUGUGAUGGUCCACCAGAGGGCGCUGCAACACAAACAUGACCGUAUAUGUAAUACAACACACAGCAAAGAGCAAUAAAUCUGUUAAUGUCAUAAA